AUGAAGUUCUUCGGACCGGACAUUUGGCAAGGAAAAGAGAUCAUUUUCCCUAAUGAUCCAAAUGUCAUUUGGGUGCUCGACCAAAAAAUUAGUGAGAACUCAAUCCAGAUCACCAGGGAAGAGAGUAUUGCUCAUAAUUUGCGCUCUGUCGCACGGGCGGUAUUCUCAUGCAAGCAGAAAGAUGGUCUAGGAGUUAAACACGCUAUAAAAAUUUACAUGGAAAUCCCUUGGAUCGAUGCUGAGUUUACGAGCGCUGCUGCCAGAAAAGCACAAGCUGAUAUCAACCGGUCUGAGGAUAUGGCAUCUGAGAUUAAGGCUUUGCGUAAACUCACACAAAAUACAGCCAAGCAUGCUCCGCACUUGGUUGCAGAAUUGCAUACAAAACAAGGAGAUGAUGGAAUUGUGCCCACUGGAUUCAUCUCUUAUCUUCUUAUGACCUGGUGUCCUGGAGUCCCACUUGGUGAAGGGGAUUACGACUAUCAAACCAUGCCUCAGGCUGAAAGGAAAAGGAUUUUUAAAGCUUUCAAAGAAGCACUAGAGGAUACCAAACGAUGUGGAGUUGUGAGUAAGGGUGGCAAUCCGACUCUCAUAUGGGAUGCUGAGAAUGAGAAAUGCUAUAUGGUGGACUUCAAAUGGUCGGGACGACCACACUAUAUCGAUGUUGCCGAACGCAUUUGGCGACGGUGGGGAUUGCAGCCUGGUCCUCCUGAUUAA